UAUCAUCUUCCUUCAGUCUUUGUGAUGAAGAACGAAUUUUGAAGGAUCUUUCAUCUCCUCAUGUUAUCUCUUACUAUGGUAGUAAUAUAACACCAGCUGAAACUCGACCCCUAGGGAGCGACUACAACUUAAUCCUUGAGUAUUGUUCUGGUGGGAGUAUUGCAGAUUUUAUCAAGUUCAGAGGAACAGGGAUGGUGGAGUCCGAUGUUCAGCUAUUUGCUCUACACAUCCUCAAAGGUAUCAACUAUGUACACUCAAAGAAGAUCGUCCACUGUGAUAUUAAACCAGCUAAUAUCUUGCUCAAACCGGUUAAAAGCUCAUCUAUACUUGGUUGUUUAAUGCCUAACGGAUUUGAGCCAAAGCUUGCUGAUUUUGGUUUAGCAUUGAGAAAAACUUCAGAUGAGUACGGGGAUGGUUGUGGGUUUGCAAGAGGAACACUAUUGUACAUGGCUCCAGAGCUUUUAUGUUCUGGAAAUUUGGAUUAUUGUGCUGAUAUAUGGUCCUAUGGAUGCACUAUUUUGGAAAUGUUUACUGGGAAGAAGCCUUGGAGUGAACUUGGGAGAGACUUCUUAGGAAAGUGCUUAGAAAAAGAUCCUCAGAAAAGGUAUGACUCUAUGUAUUUGCUGGAGCACAAAUUUUUUGCUUCGAUCGUUGGUCACUCUUACUAG